AUGACUGCUCCGAGGGAAGUGCUGAGCCACUAUGUGAUCGACGGCCGCAAAGACAACGGCCUCCUUUCCCCGCAAACCUACGCAGAUCACCGCCUCCUCCUGACCAGCAUCCUGCACCUUCGAACACGAAAUAAGGCGGCUUGGAUUCACUCUGAUCGCGGCGUUGCCGGCUGCACGAAGGUGUGGUCACCAAGACGUGCUGAUGACGAAGCUCAUCUACGACGUCGACGAAUGUACCGAUCACCGCCUCGUCGUCUCCAAGAUGAAGCUCCGACUGCAGCCCUGCAGGAGGUCACAAGAAAAGCGACCACCAGAUAA